CGCACGGCCACUACGGCGGCGGCGGCGACGAGGCGCAGGUGGCGCAGAUGCUGCCCAGCGUGCUGCCGCCGCCCCAGGACUGGCUGUCGCAGCACCAGCACCAACACCAGCACCAGUACCACCUGGUGGCCGACGUCGCCAAGAUGGCGCCCCACCACCACCAGCACCAUCAGCACCACCACCACCAGCAGCAACAGCAGCAGCAGAAGGCGCUCAAGGAGCAGCGCAUCCGCCGGCCCAUGAACGCCUUCAUGGUCUGGGCCAAGGUGGAGCGCAAGAAGCUGGCCGACGAGAACCCCGACCUCCACAACGCGGAUCUCAGCAAGAUGCUCGGUGAGUACCGCUGGCCGCGCCGCCAGCCGUUACGCAAGUGGAAGCCGAUGAGUAAGUACCAAUUACCUAAAACACCAUUUUCUCACUUAUCCGCUGUGUCUCUACCAUUUCGUCGACGAAGCGACGUCGGUAUACAAGUCGUUCCCAGUUUAUUUCCUCUUCUUCCAAUUUUCUGGGUCUUUGCGAGGAUCGUCUGGCUUAUAAACGGAGCAGUAUGA